CCCACCUCGCCCCGUCCCACGCCCCGGCUCCAGCAUGGACGAGCUUCCCGACGAGCUGAUCGAGCUGAUUUUCGAGUCCUGCGACUUCAAGAGCUACAAGUCCCUCCGGCUGACAUGCAAAAAUCUAGCCCGCGUCGUCGUGCCGCGCAUCUACGAGCACGUGCACUGCGGGCUGUUCCCUAAGAACCUCGAAAGGCUGAGGAACAUCUCCACUCAUCCCGAGCUUCGGCACAUGGUGCGGCGCUUCACCUUUCAUGGUGAGCUGCUGCCGCACUACAAUACCAAGAAAGAGUGGGAGCGCCAGAUCGACCUGCGCCCCUCGUUCAAGUCGUUUUUUGACGUUUACUGCAAAAAGGCCGGCUUGUCCGACGAGAUCAUGGCCCUUCCUGGAUAUUGGGAGGAAAACCGCGAGUACCGCCGCGCUGCACUGGAGGUCUACGAGGGCAUUCCCAGAUAUCGGCACACAAAAGACGAGUUGACCGCGUGUUGGGAUAACUAUCAAAAGUACCGCAUGGAGCAAGAUGUGUGGGGCCCUCUGAGCAGCCGGAUGUUUAGCAAUGCGCUGGCUCGCCUGCCUAAUCUCAGAGAUGCCGCCAUGGUCACGGGAAGGUUUGGGGAAGUCAAGAAGCAUGGCCCGGUUUGGGGCGAACUUUUGCGAGAGAUAUUGCAAGGCCCGGAAGAUUGGAAGUACAUUCCAGCCCGUGAACACGAUAACUUGCGAGUCCACUCCCAGCUAGAGGGUGUCCGCCAACUUACAGAUCUCCUCGAAGCACUAUGCAACCGUAAAUCUUCGAAUCCAUCUGAGCACGUCCAGUCCCUAGAGUUUUUCACAGGCAACGAAGUGUUUUGGAUCCAACGCUCCGAUGGAGAAGUGAUUGUCCCCCACUGCUACACUCGGGAAGAGCUGCUGGCCUCGUCUAAUGGCGCUUACCCGCGCAUCUACGCGAUGAGAGGUGCCUUUGAACAUUUGAAAAAGCUCGACCUAACCAUUUGCUUUUUAAUAUUCGAGGAUGACGUAGAGAGCAUCACUGAAGGCAUGAAGACGUUUCUGCGCGAAGCUCGAGUCCUGGAAGAGCUGCGCUUCGAAUGGUCUGAGGAGAACCUCAUCGGCCUCGUCACCAACGAACCGCUCUGCGAUCCGCUAGAAGAUCUGGAAGACGUCUAUUGGCCGCGUUUGCGCUCCCUCCACCUGAGCUUCACCACAAAGGAGCGGAACCUGCUCGCUCUUUUCAAGCGACAUGCUGCUACCCUCCGCGAUUUGUCUCUCAAAGACAUGUUCAUCGCGCAGGCGCAAGGCACGUGGAAGAAUGUCAUCGAGCAGCUGCCCAAGGUCCUUAAGCUGGAGACUAUCUAUCUAGAGGCGCUGUGGGACUAUACAUGGGAGGGCAAGGGCGCGUGCUUGUUCGAGUGGUAUGAAGGCGGCGCCUAUGAGCUGUCUAUCAUCAAUUACUGUCUGCACGGUGGCCCUCCGCCCAUCAUCUACCCGGAGGAGUGGAACAAACUGCAUCCAGACGAUCCGGCGCCGACGGCGGAUCUGGAAGACGAAGACGACGAAUGGGAUGAUGAAGAUGAAGACGAUGAUGACGAUGAUGAAGGUACGAGCGAGGAGAGCAGUCAAGAGGAGUCCGAGUGGGAGGAUGAUGACGACGACUAGGUCCAGGAGUAUAACGGAUAGGGUCCGCAAACUACAUACGCCGCUAUGAUUAUAGCUGACGGAGCAACGGUAAUGCGCUUGCUUGAUCUCGUCUCCUCAAAAGCUGCAUCCCCCACUUCUCAUACCCGGAGAUACCUAUAGACUCAGUAACAUGUACGGAGGACGAUCGAUCAGUACCCUUUAAUAUGCUCCGUCUGCCUUGGCUAGAGAACAUAGUCGUGCACCAGGAAAACCUCAACACCGGUAGCACAGCCGUACCUAUGCACACCGAAUAAGGACCACAAAAUCUCGGAG